AUUCAAGGCAGUGAUGCAAACAAGCCCGCUGGAAAAUAAAGGGAUUCUUGUGUGGCUGUCUUGUGGACAUAAAGACCCCCUGCCUCUCUUCGCCCACUAUGCGGAGGCUCGACGACACCCACGCAGCCCGCUGAGGUCGUGUACAAGGGCUGUUUUAUGGACGGCGGCGGCGGCGGCGGCACCGGGGAGAGGCUGUGAGGCUGGACCGUCCGGGGGCAUCAGCUGAGCUGGACGGAGCAGCGUUAGCAAGCUAGCCUUUUCGUGACAGAACACGGUCGUAACGGGGGAACGGCGACUCCUCGGCUGCUUCGCUUCGCUCAUCAUGGCCACGAACGGUAACAAUUUGACGCCGGGGAUGGGAGAGAUCAUCCAGCUGAACGUCGGCGGGACGAGGUUCAGCACCUCCAGACAGACUCUCAUGUGGAUCCCAGACUCUUUCUUCUCAAGUUUACUGAGUGGAAGGAUAUCCACUCUUCGGGAUGAAACUGGAGCUAUAUUUAUUGACAGAGACCCGACAGCUUUUGCACCAAUUCUGAAUUUCCUGCGAACCAAAGAGCUCGACCUGCGGGGGGUCAACAUCAGCGUCCUGCGGCAUGAAGCAGAGUUCUAUGGGAUUACUCCUUUAGUACGGCGCCUGCUGCUCUGUGAGGAACUGGACCGCUCAUCAUGUGGGAGUGUUCUCUUCCACGGUUACCUGCCUCCCCCAGCCAUCCCUGCCCGUAAGUCCAGUCCUGCCUUAGCCGCCUCCGGCUCCGUCUCUGAUGAGCGGCCGGGUCCAAGCGGAGCAGAGGGCUUCACCCGCGGUGUCCCCCUUCCUCACCCGGCCUUCUCUGGCUCCCCUGGAACAGAUGACAACCACAAAUUAGGUCCCAUGGUUGACCCUAGGAAAGUGUUGAUUAUAGCCGGACACCACAACUGGAUUGUAGCAGCUUAUGCACACUUUGUCAUCUGCUACAGAAUCAAAGAAUCCUCUGGAUGGCAGCAGGUGUUUUCCUCCCCCUACCUUGACUGGACCAUUGAACGUAUUGCACUUAAUGCCAAAGUGGUUGGUGGCCCGCAUGGAGACAAGGACAAGAUGGUGGCUGCCGCCUCUGAAAGCAGCAUCAUCCUCUGGAGUAUCCAAGAUGGAGGAAGUGGGAACGAGAUCGGUGUGUUCAGCCUCGGCGUACCUGUUGAUGAUCUCUUCUUCAUCGGAAACCAGCUGGUGGCUACGAGCCACACGGGAAAGGUCGGGGUGUGGAACGCUGUCACGCAACACUGGCAGGUUCAAGAUGUGGUUCCCAUCACCAGCUGUGACACAGCAGGAUCCUUUCUACUACUGGGCUGCAACAAUGGCUCCAUCUACUACAUCGACAUGCAAAAGUUUCCACUGAGGAUGAAGGACAACGAUCUUUUGGUGACUGAGCUUUAUCAUGACCCUUCUAACGAUGCCAUCACUGCACUGUCUGUCUACCUCACACCUAAAACCAGUGUGAGUGGGAACUGGAUAGAGAUCGCCUACGGGACCAGCAGCGGAGCAGUGAGAGUGAUCGUGCAGCACCCGGAGACGGUGGGAUCAGGCCCGCAGCUCUUUCAGACGUUCACUGUGCACAGGAGCCCGGUGACCAAGAUUAUGUUGUCUGAGAAACAUCUGGUGUCAGUGUGUGCGGACAACAACCACGUUCGGACGUGGACGGUGACCCGGUUCAGGGGGAUGAUCUCCACGCAGCCCGGCUCCACCCCUCUGGCUUCCUUCAAGAUACUGUCCCUGGAGGAGACGGAGAGCCACGGGAGCUACUGCUCUGGGAAUGAUAUAGGUCCAUUUGGAGAGAGAGACGAUCAGCAGGUUUUCAUCCAGAAGGUCAUCCCCAUCACCAACAAACUGUUUGUGAGGCUCUCAUCAACUGGAAAAAGGAUCUGUGAGGUGCAGUCCGUGGAUGGGACCACCAUCUCCUGCUUCAUGGUACGGGAGUGCGAGGGUUCCAGUCGAAUGGGAUCCCGACCGCGGCGCUACCUGUUCACCGGUCACGGCAACGGCAGCAUCCAGAUGUGGGACCUGACCACUGCGAUGGACACCGCCAACAAAGGAGAGGAGAGGAAGAAAGAGGAUGUUGGUGGACCUACAGAGGAGGAGCUGCUACAGCUGCUGGACCAGUGCGACCUGAGCACCUCCCGCUGUGCAACGCCUAACAUCAGCCCCGCCCCCUCGGUGCUGCACCACACACGCCUCCGAGAGUCCUGCUCGAGUCUGCAGCUACAGGUCCAGGAGCCCAUCCCAGAGAGCCAGGCCACUUACGGAGCUGUGCGACCCUACAGAGAGAGCCCCCUGCUGGCCCGCGCACGUCGAACUGAGUCCUUCCACAGCUACAGAGACUUCCAGAACUUCAGCCUGAGUCGAGGUGUCCUGGACAGCACGGGCCAGCCGUCCGCCCAUGGACCCGGUCAGACCCUCGAUGCCCGCCGCUCGCUCUGCGACUUUGGGCCUGAGGACAGUGAGAGGAGAGCUUCAGUCAUGGAGCUCUGGGCCUGUCGAACCACCAGCGUCAGCUCCAACACAAGCGCUGGAGCCGUGAGUGCUGCCGGCGUCUCUGGGGCGAAAGCAGAAAGCGGUCAAGAACCUCCACGGCAGCCUCCAGACAGCCCGGUUCCAGGAGGUGACGUCAGGCGAAAGGUGCAUCCUCAGCUGGAGGAAGGGGAGGGUGUUGGAUCAGGGGGGGAGGGGGCGAAGGUGGACGGAGGUGUGAGGAAGAGGGGAGUCCUGGAAGGAGGCUUUCUAGGGAGGAAGAGGGCUCCUCCAGUUCCACACCUCUCCUCCCUCCCCUCUGGAUCCGAAGGCGGCGGCAGCGACUCGUCUGCAAACGCCUCGCCGUCCCCGACCAAACUGGCCGCCUCCACCUCGCCGCGACACAGGAAGCUGGCGCCUGAGCCGUCCAGUCAGGACAGCAGCCUGUGAGGGCGCCCGUCAUGUGAUCAGUGGAUUUAUCUCAUUGAGGCGUCCUGCAGAUGCACGUCGGAGUUAUUAUUUGGGAGAUUAAGGCUGAAUACGACAGGAAAAACAAAAUCAGCUGCAGGCAACGUCACCGUCAAUUUCAAACCUACAUUUCUCACAUAAGUACAGUUCAGGAUGUUUGUUUUUUUCAGACCCACACAACAGAAGCACUACCACGGUUUAAUGAGCCCAAGAUGAAGAAGCAGCUACAACAUCCCAGCAGCUUGACAUCUCAACCAGAGCAGGAAUGCACAUUGUUGUUUGUCUUACAAAGAUUUAAUGAGUGACUCUGCUGGGUGCAACUGGAGCUCCACCAUCUUAUUCUGCUCAUGGCGAUUGUUUGAGGUUGACUUAACAGACUGGUGAUGACGGUCGCACUUUGAAGUUGCAGGCAUGAGUCAGAUAAGUCCUGAGGAACUGCUGAAAUAGUUUUCUCAUCCUGUGUCGAUGUUACUAACCCGAAGAGAACACACAGAGACGACAAGAACAGACAGAAGUCUGACUGACCAGGUACUUUUAAGGCUGUGUUGUUGCCGCCUGUGUGAUUGAAGCACAAGUUACAGAUAAGUGCAGACUAAAGUUUCUACAACAAAAAGAAAGAAAAAACAGAUGACAACACUGAGGGUUCUAACAAUGAAUGAGGAUUUGACUAUUUAGCUUGUGAGACUCUUAAACAGCUGCAAAACUGACAAAAGGCACAUCAUGCUCUUUAUCCAGAGUUUUACACUUUUAACCAUUUAAACAGAAAACAUUCAGAUUUAAGCAGAAUUUGAAUUAAAAUUUCUUCAGAUCUUUAGCUAACAGUUAUUUCCUUAAACAGAUAAGAUAUUUUUUAGACUGUAUCCAGUCAGAAAGUGUUGCCUAUCACACAAAUAUGUGACUUGUAUUGAUGUUAAAAAUGCAGCAAAACAUCUCAGAAGAACCCAUUUGGUGAUUGGCCACGCUGAUCUAGUUCCUUUUCAAAGACACGAUGAUCUCAACUGUCUGACAGUUUGGACAAUUUGUUGCGCAGUGAAUUUUUACUUCAACUUACCUUAAACUUGUUUCCUUGGGCAGAAUCUUUUCAGCUCCUUGAUUACAGCCGGACACACAGCGGUUACUGUUGGUGAAACACUCAAAGCCAAGCGACUGUAGCUGAUCGCAGCUCCAGCAUGCAAUAAGACCUUCUGGGUUGGUUGUUCGACAGCUCAAUACUAUGCAACGGUUGUGUUACGACGCACAACAGAAACUAACACUCUGGUUUCCACAUGAAGGCUCGCUAAACGUCGGUCGGCACUAUACGUGGAUGACGGCCUGCAAAAACACUGAACCCUCAUGUGAGUGUGCGCUUACUUUAACCUAUUAGUUCCAGUCCAAAGCCAUUAUUAAUUUACUCCUGUACUAAUUAUAGUUUAACAGCUUCCUCCAUCCUCAGCAAAGGCACAAAAAUGGCAACUGGUGUGUGGCGCCGAGUGUAUUUCGACUCAACAAUCGGAGGUUUUCCAUUAAACAAGUGCUGCAAAGCUUAAAAAUGUGCAAACAGCGAGGGCAAAUCUGCCUUCAGGUCAUACAGUGAUGAGUUUUCCUUGGUUUUUAAAUCAUCACUUGGUACAUGUGUUACUGUGGGGGAAGCUCACACCUGUGCUCUACAGCUCAUAAGGAAGAAAAACUAUUUGUGCUCCUGGUUAAAUUCUGAUUUUUUUUCUCUUCACAGUGGUGCCUGUUUGAGAUCGCGCUAAUUAUUUAUUUUUUUAUUUGAUUUUUUUUCACUACCAACAUGAUACUACACUCUAAUACGAGGACCUACACUACAUCACUUUACUCCCUCUGGAACAGGUUUUUUUUUUGUGUGUUGUCUUGUGUUGGAUGACUGUUGCAGUGCCUUAUUUAACUGUUAACUGUGUGUUUGAGUCUAUAAGGGUUGUGACCAAAGGCUAGUGAAGGCGGAGCUCAUUGUGGAGGCACAACGACGGACCUGUUCGCUCUGGCUUUGGCUAGAACUGUGUUAUGAUAGAUUUACAGCAGGCCAAAUCAGAUUAUACGAGUGGCAUUACAUUUAAAAUGUUUGUAAAUAUCCUCGAUUUAGACCAAGAUUGGAAAACCCAAACUUCUUCCUGAAACCUGAGGAUUUUUUUUGUUUUAUUUUUUUAAUCUGUAAGUUUGAGGUGAACCAGGUUCACUUUCUCUUCUAAGCAUAUCGUGGUAAAGCGUAUACUGGAAAGAAAAACAAUGCACCUUGUUGAAGAUAUAUUUGUGAAGGUCGUUCUAUGAGCUAAACCAACUCGAUCCUCUGAGUUUCCACUGCGGUUGGUCUGGCCGGCUCAUGAUCUCUGGUACUUUGUUAUAAAUAUUGCGAAGACAACUGUAAAAACUGGUGACGGUAAAAAAAAAAAAGAAAGAAAUGUUCAUUCUAAUUUGCCAAAUCCAGGAUCUAUGUAACAUCUUUCACUGCUUAUUACUUAUGUAUAAAAAUACAACAGACCAUGUGGUCCCUGCUUGUACAAAGAUGUAAAUUUUGAUACACUAACUGUACCGACAGUACUGAAAACAAAAUCCUCAUAUGGAUGCAUUGGUGUGUGUGUAAUGGUGUGUUCAUAUAAGGCCUAUACUGAUACUCUCAUGCUAUUGGACCUAACUGCAUUUGCACUUGCACUACGAAGACUAAUAGUAUAGUAACUUGCUAGUGUUUAUUUUAUAUAAAAAUAUACAGUCUAAAGUGUAUUUCCGCACAUCGCUGUUUGUCUGUUUUAUCUGUCCAUCCCUCACUGGCUACGUUUACAUUAUAUUACAGCCAGACGCUAAUGAGCUAAAGGAAACACAUAUCUGUUCAUGUAAACUGCCCCUGGGUGUUUUGACAUUGUGUAUGUUAGAAAAUGCUGCAUUGUGUUGUUCUGUUAUUAUUUACAGCUGCCUUCAGUGCUCAUCAGACACGACGACACUCACUAAACGCUCUCAUUGUACUGAACAUGUUCCUUUCUUUAACUGGCAGUGAUUAUUAUUAUUAUUAUUUUUAUUACCUGUUUACAUUCUCAAUCUGCAGAUCAUUCAGCUAUUUUUUACAUUUCACAUUAUUUUCAAGCAUAGGAACAUUUUCUGUGUGUAUCAUUGCAUAUUGUAUUAAACAAUGUGACACUGUUCUGGGAUCUUCACUCCAGUUUUGUGGCCACAGAGCAUCAACAGCAAAAAAUAAACAAAAAUCUGAAUUGU